AUGACCAGUGAUAUUCAACCACUCCAAUUCAGUUCAAAGGGAGCCUACCUCAUUACUGGGGGAACCCGAGUGUCUCGUUGUGGCCUUCCUCCAGCUUCAGAACGCGAAGCCAAUGAUGUAGAUCUGAACAACCUGAUCUCGCGCAUCGCUGAGCUCAAAGCUCUAGGCGUGAACGUCCGUGUCCUGAGCAUUGAUGCUAGCAAGGCUGGGGCCGACUCCACGCUUAGACACGCAAUUGAUGAGCUCGAUCUACCGCCUGUAAAAGGCGUGUUGCACGCCGCUGGGAUAGCAAAAUACCACAGUAUCUUGCGCUGCAUACUAUCAGAAGUCGCCGAUGUCUUAGCAACAAAGGUGAUAGGCGGCUUGAAUCUUGACACCCUCUUUCCACCCGGCACCCUAGACUUCUUUUACCUCGUCUCCUCAGUUGGAAAACUUGUCGGUUUUGAAGGCCAGUUGUCUUACGCAGCUCAAACUCUUUCUUGGAGGGUCUGGCAGCUCAUCGAAGGCUCCAGGAGCAACCUAGCCACGCGCAUUAUUACCAAGGGAAUGCAGUAUAGAGGCUUGGCGACUAUGAGCAUUGAAGAAGCCUUUGCAGCUUGGGACCGCUUUGCCAGCCUCGAAACUGAUCAUGUGGUGGUCGUUCGCGCAUUGGAGCUCGAGGUUGACGAGCCACUGCGGCAUCCUGUGCUGAAAUAUAUCACUCCAAGGAAGCAGGCCACGCAUAAUAUCACCGGUAGUAGUUUCUCCAAUUACCCUGAAGAUGCGAUUGCCAUUGUGGACUUAGCUUGUCGAACUGCAGCUGGAGACACUACGGAGGACUUUUGGCAGACGCUCAGGCAGGGAAAAGCAGGCAAGAUGUGGGGCAACUUCAUGUCCGAUGUCGAGUCUUUUGACCACCAGUUCUUCAAAAAGUCCAAACGCGAAGCAGCAGCACUCGACCCGCAUCAGCGCAUUAUGCUCGAAACCACCUACAAAGCAGUUUAA